AAACGCAGAGUGGACCAACUUCAACAUGCAGGAGUCUCCAGGUGCCGUGGGUGUAGAUGGCAGCUAUUCCAGCAAUGUUCCUGCCUUUCUCACCAAGCUCUGGACACUGGUUGAAGAUCCAGACACCAACCACCUGAUCUGCUGGAGCGCUACUGGGACCAGUUUCCACGUGUUUGACCAGGGACGCUUUGCCAAAGAAGUUCUGCCAAAAUACUUCAAACAUAACAACAUGGCAAGCUUUGUUCGACAGCUCAACAUGUAUGGUUUUCGUAAGGUGGUGAACAUUGAGCAGAGUGGUCUGGUGAAGCCCGAGAGAGAUGAUACAGAGUUCCAGCAUCUGUACUUCCUCCAGGGCCAUGAGCAUAUGCUGGAGCACAUCAAGAGAAAGGUAUCCAUUGUGAAGAGUGAAGAGACCAAAGUUCGUCAGGAGGACCUCAGUAAACUGCUUUAUGAAGUCCAGCUCCUUCGAACACAACAGGACAACAUGGAGUUUCAGAUGCAGGACAUGAAGCAGCAGAAUGAGGUUCUGUGGAGAGAGGUGGUGUCACUGAGACAGAACCACACCCAACAACAGAAAGUCAUGAACAAGCUGAUUCAGUUUCUGUUCAGUCAAAUGCAACCCAACUCACCCAGCUCUGUGGGCCUGAAGAGAAAGCUGCCUCUAAUGUUGGAUGAUGGCCCCCCCAGCCCCUCUGUAUCCAAGUUCAGCCAUGGUCAUCAAAUGGAGUCCAUGCACGAAUCCUUCUACAUUCAGUCUCCAUCUAGCGACACAGCUUCCUGCUCAGGCAGCGGGCUGACAGGAGGACCGAUUAUAUCCGAUGUUACUGAUCUUUCUCAGACUGGAAUGGCCCUGCAGAUGCAGUCUGAUGAGAGCAGAGAAAAGUGCAUGGUGCUCAUCAAAGAGGAGCCUGUGAGUCCAGGCGUGAGACUAGGUGGGAAGCGAAGCAGCAUGGGAGGGGGAGAAGAGGUCAUGUCACUGACCUCCACCUGUGAGGUGUGCUCCGAACCUCCUGUUCUCCCUGUGGCAAUGGUACAGUCUGUUCUGGAGGGUAGGAGUUCAAUAAUGGAGAGAAGGAGUAAGAAACUUGUCGUUGAAAGAGCCGAGGUUCCAGAUGGUGUGGAGAAUGUGGACAUGAGCCUUGAAGAGCUGCAGCAGCUGCUGCUCAGGAACCACCAGCAGGGGGCAGUGGAGUCUGGGUCUGGCACUGUCAUGGAUCCUUUCAGUUUAAGCCUGCCUCUGACUGAAUGGAACUUCUCAGAGAUGGAAUCCAACCUCAAAUCUUACAUGUUCCAGAAUCAGGAGGCAGAAGCAUUCCCAGCUCCUAGCUGUGAGGAGCAGUGACUCUGUGCCAUUAACUGUCCUUUUUUUGAAGAUAAAGACCACAGAUGCUGCUGUUACGCUCUUUAUUCCAUUCUACAUGACUUUGACACUUAAAGAGUCUUCGCAUGUCAAGUUGUCUCCAAAAAACAACGAUAAUUUUCAAAUGCACAUCAACGCAAUGGGACAAAAAUGUGAGCCCAGCCGCAUGCAGACGGUCCACUCUUGGCUCCUGCACUUUAGUCUGUGUGUGAAAGAGUUUUGGCUUGUAGAAAUGACUUUUACUUCCGAUAAAAAAAAUUAUCACUUAUGUAUAGAAAAAAAAUAGCUAGCUUUUUGUAUUGUUUUAGCCGUGAACACACUAUUUUGUAUUAGAGAGCAACCUCGGGUGAACUAACUAGACAAUGUAGGUUAAAAAAACAAGGAAGACCUUCAAUUUUCAAUGGUAUCAAAGGAAAGAAAUCCUUUCAAAAGAUUACAGGUGCAUUUGCCUUUAUGAUAUAAUGAGGUUCCUGUGCUAACAAAAGGAUCAUUUUUUUAACAGAUUUCUAUUUUCAUUAAUCUGUACUCCACUUAAGCAUUCAUUUCAUGUUUCUUUGCACAGAUUUGACAUGUAGCAAGAUGUUCAGUGCCUUUUGUCAAUUUAAAUGUAAAGUUGUAGGGGAAUACAAACAUACAGACAAAAACAUGAACACUACUGCACUUUUGCACAAUUUCUAUGAUUAGUUAGAAAUAUAACAGCAGGCCAUUUCAAAUAGGAAAUCAACAAGUAUUCAAUUCACAUGGAGGACUGAAAUAGUUUUUAGCUUGACUUUUAAUAUUUCAUUUACGUUCUUAAAGCUGCUGAGAAGCAUUCAUGACUUCAAAUGCAACGCAAACGCCUUUAAUAAAUCCACACAUUUUCCUCCAACUUGAAUACAUGAAGGAUAAUAUCUAAUACUCAGAUGUCUUUAUAUAAAUACACAUAAAUGCAUGGAGUGGUUACUUUGGCUUUAAACUUGUGAUAUAGAUGUGACUACCGAUUUACGAAAUGUAUAUAAACUUUAUUUAUACGAGGAAUUGCUAACUGCCAUUUAUGUCAAAUGCUCAGCACUGGUUGCAAGCAACAGUUCCACUUGGGAUACUUGUUAUAAUAGGAAAGCUGCCUGAAGAUAAGUUGUGCAAUAUUGUACAGAACUGUGAGGAAACGGCAAUACACAGAUGACCGUGGAAUGUAGGAAGCAGCAGCUGUGUAAGGUGGAUGGGAGCGUGUCGGUUAAAUGCAAAUGUGAUGUUAGCCUGUCAAUUUAUGAUUUGUUUCUGCUACCAUGGAAACAAAGCAGACAAUUGCCUUUUUUGGACAGGGUUAAAGCCUUAGUCACAUGCACCAGUAUGGCAGUUGAUCCACAGGUUUUUGGGUUGUCUGGGCCUGUGGAGGGUCCUAGAGAGGAGCAACCACAUCUCAAAGGGAGCGCAGGCGUCUUGGAGUCCCUUUGAGGCUUGUAUGGCCACUUCAACGGACGUCAUGAAAAUGCAAAGUACAAUUGUGGUCCGUGUUGUAGGUGUUUUGUUAAGUAUAUGUAAGGCUAAUGUAAGCUGGACACACUGACAAACAAGUGAGGCUGUUGUAUAAUGUCCUUACGCCACAAUCAUUAGUAAGGUUCAUGUACUGGCUCUUUCCUGACCCCAUAUAAAAGCUGCAGGUGUACUCGUGAUAUUAAGUGCCCAUAGGACACCCAUAGGAUGUCAACACAAACUAUUAAUCAUCUUAUUAUCAGAAGACAAAAAAGAGCAGGAACAUUUUCACUCACAUUGGAUAACCAAGCAAUCUAUGACCUUGCAUGCAUCCUGCGUGGCCAAUACAGGUUUGACAUUAUUGCCGCAGACAGCCUGUAUCAAUCCUUAGGGGCAGUUGUGACUAAGGCUUGGCAUAAUUUACCUUUUUUCCCCUCUGUGGUUAACUAACUACUGGAGCUCUAGUAAAAAUAGCCCUUAAAGUCCCACUCCAACCAUAUUUCUUUCUCUAUCAUAAAAUUGUGAUUUUCUUCAUUAUAAUGGUGCUGUUCUUAUUCAAAAUUAAACAGCCUUUGUCAUUUUUAGGCUAUAUUUUAUGCACAGUGGCAGCAGCUCAUUAGAAAUACAAUUCUGGUUUGUGGGUGGAACUGCUAGCACAGAGUAACCUGCUCCCUCCCCGUCACUAACAGCUCUGUUUGCAUGCUCACAAGCGAGUUUAUAGCCUCAGGCUAACAUCAGCGGCGCAAAAAUAAUGGCGACCGAUAUUAGAUCAACCCAGUCGUACAGUUUUGAGUCAGAAUUGCAAUUCUUGAAUUGAGUAUUGAACACUCAUCAUGUCUUUCACAGCUUAGCAUUAGCAGGCCAAGAGGAGGGGAGACUUUGGCAUUCCCAAGCUUCAUUAGUAAGCAUUUUAAGCAUUCUGUUUUCAUCUGCUCCUAAUUAGAAUUAAGAACUACUCCAAAAUGCAGUUUUAAUAAUAAAUUAUUUUAUAUAGGCCUUCUAUUGUGAGAAAAAUACAACAAGAACAUGUUAAAAUCACAAAAUAGACGAUUUUCAUUGGAGUGGGUCUUUAAUGCUUUUGUAACAGGGCACCUAGUGGUAUUUUGGUAAAUUGCUUUAACUGGGACUGAAAUGUUUUGCUUUUAUGAUAAAAUGAAACCUAAUCACACUGUUGAAACAAUAAGUUCCUCUUUAGCUGAUUGUUUAGUGUUCAUGAAGAGGGAAAAACAGAUGUAUCCAACAGAAGAAGCUUCAAAUGAUCAGACAUCUCAUGUUUACAGGCUAACAUUUAUGUUGACAGACCCUCCAUCUCUGUAGAAACAGAAAAAAACGGUGAUCUGUGGUGUACGAAAAAUGAAAUUGCACUAAAAAAUAAGGUUGUAGUAAAUCCGAUCUUAGAUAUAGAAUUUAUCUUUGUUCCUCACCAUGAGUGUAAAAGAUUUUUUGGAGGAGUGGUGAAUACACACAUUCAGCUGCUGUUGCGUUAAAAUUUAAUCUGUUUUCUAUUUGAAUAUUUUGCACUGAAAUGAAUGGAUGUGUGUUUAAAACAGUUCUGCUCGUCAGGUUUGCAGAUGGUUCAGGAGAUAUUUUUGUUGAACGAGUGAAAGGAUCUUUGCUUUAAUGAAGCCUGGCAUCACAAAAGCACACUAAGUGUUGGCAUUAAAUCCACAGAAAGCAAGUUCUAUGAGCAUUGUAACACACACAGAACUCUCCUGUAGGCAGGAAAUAAUUAUUACUCUAUCAGUAAAAAACUGAAACUUGGGUGCUUUGGAAAAUGGGCUGUAAUUUGCUGAACAUGUGAUUUUAUUUUCUUCCUUUUUAAGACUAAAGUGUACUGUUACAGAGAGUCAAAGACACUUAACAUGUAAUCAUCUGUGUUUAAAAUAUUCAACUGAUUAAUGCAAAUAAAAAAAUAAAACAAGAUUCCUGAUUUUUUCUUUGAAAUUGUAACAUUUGAAGGUAUUUAUUGAUCUUAAAAGCUCUCUAAUUAUUUUUG